GUCCAGCCAACGUUGCAGAACUGUUUACUGUAGUUGACUUGAAUGCGACUCAGUACUCUUGUGUUUACAAUGGUGUCCGUUGUGGAGGUACUAUGCCUCCUGCUGGUAGCUGUGCUGUGGGGCUGCACCAACCCAUUUCUGAAGAGGGGCACAGAGGGGAUUGAACAUGUGAAAAAGGAGAACAAGUUUCAUCAGUUCCUGGCUGAGGUUAAGUUCCUGUUUUUAAACAUCAAGUACCUGAUACCAUUCCUACUGAAUCAGAGCGGGUCCUUGGUGUACUACUUCACUCUUGCCACCACAGAUCUGUCUCUGGCUGUGCCCGUGGCCAACUCCCUCACCUUCCUCUUCACCAUGCUCACUGGGAAGCUGCUCGGGGAGGAGUUUGGAGGGAGAAGAGCUGUUGGAGGAAUGGUCCUCACCAUGGUGGGCAUCACUCUAUGCGUAGUGAGCUCCAUCAGUGAGACUGAGAGCACGGGGCAGCAGAAUGGCACAAAGGUCUCACCAUAGAAAUAGAUACUGUAUCAGCACAGUACUGUGUAUCUCUAUGGGUCUCGCUCUAAAAAAGAUGACUGGACACAUUUUAACAAAGGUUCUAUCGCAUACCACCUAGUUCAACUUAUUGUUUCGUGUCUAGGGUACUUUCCAUAGGCUUAGUUAUGUCUUCAAUGGAAGUGACUUUAUGCUACAUAACAUACUUCUUCAACUACAGCAGUGUUUAGGCUAUUCAAAGGGACCAAAGUGUAUCGCUGUAGAACACAACAUUUUGUAACAGAGAAUGAAAAUGAGCGCUUCUUAUUGGACAAGUUCAAGUAGUAAGCUACUUCCCCAGUCCCCGUUUCAAAACGCUUUCUCCCUACUGGACACAAUCCUGACCUAUGCCAGCCAGGCAGUAGAGUGACUGGACAAUAUGUAGAAGAGAAUGCAAAUGAGCUUAGUAGGAACUCAUCAUGCACAGUGUUGUGGCUCCCACACCUUAUAACAACUGUGACACGAAGUUCAAGUAGGGUUAAUUCCAGCCGGGGUCCAGAUUUAUUGCCUAUCUAGUUCAAGCCGAGCCAGCCAUUCUUGCCGCUUUGCUGCCAUGUUGUGUGAAUGCUGCCCAUAGAAACACUAGGCUAUAGGCCUAUAGAAGACCACAGUCAAUGUGUUAUUGUUGAAAACAGACUAGAGUUCACGUCUUGAAAUCAAAGUGCUGCUACUGUAUAUCAUGUUCAGAGAAACAGUUAUUACAUUGUAAUGUCUUAAUGAAACUACAAAGGCGUUCCGUGCAAGGUGAUAUGUUGAGAAUGGGAAAAACUGUAGUCUGUUUGCUGUUGAAUUGCACUUUUUAUUCAGAAAUAAUGGCAUGUAAACCAAAAUGCUUGUACUGUACAAUCAGAGGACUUUGCUGUUUUUGUAAGAUAUAAAAUAUUUCAUAUUGUAUAUUUCCAAGUAUAUUUUGAUGAAGAGGAAUUCUUUACAUUCAGUGAAUAUGUUCAUAACUGUAUAAUACAGAAGCCUAUGGCCUACUUGUUCUCUUACUGUCUCAAAAAUAAUGUUUCCUAUUUACAGUAGGUUUGCCGCUUUCCAUUAAAGUAAAGCAUUGAGCAUCAUUAACAUUCAUUUUUUAAUAAACAGUGUCAGUACCACAUUAUUUCCUGCAAAAUAUGUCAAUCUCAUAAUGAAUACAUUCACAUUUUGUAUUCUCAGUUUGCUAAUAAAAACAAUAGAUUGUGCUAAA